AUGAUCGGAUUUGUUAAUCUUCAGUUUCUCUUGGGAUCUUUUGUGGCUUGUGCCACGGCAUUAGUUUCUGCCGCGGAUGCUGCUGGUCCUGUUGUGGUUUCGUUUAGUGGUGGGUCGAACCCUGGAGUGAUCUUGGCAAUGUUCGAAGCGGCGGCGAUGAAAAGGAUCGAUGGUGCAUGGGAUCGCGUGAAAGUCGUUGGAUCGAAUAGUGGAGGUACUCAGUUUGCCACGCAGCUAUUCUGGGGUCCCCAGAUGUGGAAUGACUUCUUAUCCCCCCAAGAUGCUGAUAUGACUGCUAGUUUUGAAGCCUAUGCCGAUCAAUACAACGAAACCUAUAUCCUCAAAGGCUGGAUCAAUCAAGAGGAGGGAUACGAACAACCUCUUAUGGAAUUUGAACUCCCUCCCAACAUGACCGAGGAAUGCAUUGACGUUGAGCUUUGGGCGUCCUAUUUUCUCCAGCCCUCCUCGUUGGGGAUUAUGAACGAUCAGCCAACCCGGACACCCAAUUGGGGUUGGGGUGCUACCGGAACAACUGUCCCCCUUGGUACAAUGGUAACUGAUGACUUUAGCAACACGGAUCUUUCAGGAACGACAUUUGUUGCAACUACUUCCUUGUUACCUGAUCGUCUUGAUGAGGAUGGCUUAACCUGGGUGGUUGCUGUUACUGAUGAUGGAGGAGCUGUUGUCCCCCCAGGGUGUAUCUCACCCCACGGGUUUUCUGUAAGUGCAAAGGACGGUCCCAAGUGGUUGAGCCCCAGUGGACUCCAAGGUUACAGCCUAUCUACGACUUCCUCCGACUCCGACGAGAUCACACCACUUCCCCCUCCCCAAGACAUGACUGUCAACGAGUUGCAGGGAUGCAGUGGUCAUGCAUUUGAAAACUUUUUAUCGUCGCCCACUAUCAUGAAAGCGAUGACUUCGUUUGUUCCCGAUGGAGGCUUGGCGGAGAACACGGGUAUGGCAUUUGCACUGGCUCAGUUGCAAGCGGACUACGACUACGACGAGUCGUCAACCGCAACAUUGCUGCUUUUCAACAAUAUAGAAGGAGAUUCAUUUGUGGAAGCACUCUUUACCGCCGUGAAUGAAACCGAAAUAACUGGAAUCUCGCCGUUUUGCUAUCCAAAGCCGACACUAUUCAUCGACGCCUAUCCAACCGAUGAUUUCCAGAACUAUACCAACACUAUGGUUGAAUGGAACAACACGAUGUACGAGCAUUUCGCCCAGUAUUGGCAGGGGGAGGUAACGACUGUGGACAACCCAUUCUACGGAGUGACGGGAGGGCAAAAGCUAAAACUUUUGAUUAUCUUGAACUUUACUCCUCAAGUACCAAACGUGAACCCAGCCGAGGCAGGACUCUAUGCAACUGCCGAAUCGGAAAUGCAAAUGGUAGCAGACACCAAACAUGUGUAUGCUCAAAUUGCACAAGACAUGACAGGUGCAACCGAACAGUUGUUGCGAGCAAACGUUUUCACGACAGCAUCGUCAGAUCAAGCGAGUGAGGAUGGCUUCAAUGGUGUUGCUCCAAACGAGGACAGUUUGGAUGACCCUCAACCAUAA